AAGCUGGACUAUAAAAGCAGGGCUUUGCAAGAGGUCACAUCUUCUAUGCACAUCUCUUCUCACUGGGCUGAUAAAAAGUCUGUUUUUCUCUCUGUUCACAAUGCGGCUUUAUGCAGCUUUGAUCCUGUUUAUGAUUCUGUCCACAGCAUGUGGAUUAAACUGCUACUCAUGUAUAACCACUGACCCUAAAGCCUGCACAGAGAUCAUAACUUGUCCUGAAUUCAUGAAAAGCUGUGUCUCUGCCAUUGUCAACGAUUAUGUCACUAAGUAUUGCAUGCAAAGUGAGCAUUGUGAAAAGCCCCUGGCUUGCUGUGAACAGGACUUGUGUAACAGCGCCAUACCAGCUGGUCCCAGUGUCAUCCUCCUGCUGACAUCCUCAGCAAUCAUCACACUGUUUCUUUUGUUUUUCUCUCUGUUCACAAUGCGGCUUUAUGCAGCUUUGAUCCUGUUUAUGAUUCUAUCCACAGCAUGUGGAUUACAAUGCUACUCAUGUAUAACCCAUGACCCUAAGAACUGCACACGGAUCUCAACUUGUCCUGAGCCCCUGGACCGCUGUUUCACCACCAAUGUGUCUGGUUACAUCACUAAGGGCUGUCGAAGAGGGAUUAACUGUGUAAAACCUGCAUCUUGCUGUGAGGAGGACUUGUGUAACAGCGCCAUUCUCACUGGUCAAAGUGUCAUCCUCCUGCUGGUAUCCUCAGUCAUCACCACACUCUUUCACUGAGGCUCUGGAGAAACUACAGCUGAGAAUAAUUUACUAAAACAUAACAAAAAAACAUAACAAAUUUGUACAACUCAUGAACAAUAAUAUGUUAAACCUGAUAAUUUAUUGGGUAAAACCACAAUAUGACUGACCAAGCAAAUACCUUUGUUAUGAAGCCCUAAUUAGACAGUUGAGUGAAAAAAAAAAAACAACAAGAAAAUAUGAGCAGUUAUGAGCAAAUAAAUAAAUUAUAUAGUUA